UGGCUGAAGAGUCUGUCAAUCAUCUUUUCACCACUUGUUGCUAGGGAGAUUGUUUGAUGCUAGCCACAGCGGAAGUAGGUACUCCUAAAAUACCAGUGGGUGCACCUGUCACUUUUCUAGGUCCACAGAGAGAAAACGAACCAGCUUUUGAGGCGUUUUGAAACAUUUCUGCAGUUUAAUAGUUUUAAAAAAUGUCAUAUUCCACGUGUGCAGCUAACGGCUAACGUGAUAAAGAUAGGCGCAGCUGUGAUCGAGGAGGGAGGGACCCUGCCUGCCUCCUAACGCUGUCGUUGGUGCGUCUGCUAGCCAGCCCAGCCAGCUUUCUCGACUCCCUCAUUCACCUUCAGCAGCACCCACCAGAAGUAGUUGUCCUGUCAAGGGUGGGGUGAUCCCUAAAAGCUGUCAUCAACUCGGGUCUGCUGAUUUAACAGGGAAAGAAAAGCGAGCCGACAUCACUUCUCUAGUCUUGAGAGGAUGGAGUGGUUGCAGAGGGGGUUUGCAAGUCCUGGUUUUAUUCUUCCAUUAACAUGUGCUACAUAAUGCAAACGUAGGACUGGGAGGAUGAGAACCUUAUGAAGAACAAAGCUUUGAGCACUAACUGGACUCCCUCGGACUGGAAACCCCAUCCUGGAUGUCACAUGCCUUCUAAACAAACAGAAUCCAUCUGAAGACCCUUUCCCCUCCUCACUAUCUUUUACCACUUUUUAUGUUUAUGUGUGUGUCUCUGUCUUCUAGUACAGCUACAGAAGUAUCCAUCCACGUCCCGUUUUUGUUUUUAUUUUUUACUUUCACCUUUUGUUCCUUUGUAAAGAAAUGCUUUACCUGAAAAAGUACUUCACAGAGGGCCUGAUUCAGUUCACCAUCCUUCUGAGUCUCAUUGGGGUGCGGGUGGACGUUGACACCUAUCUAAGCAAUCAGCUGCCCCCACUGAGAGAGAUCAUCCUGGGCCCUAGCUCAGCCUACACCCAGACACAGUUUCACAACCUGCGCAACACGCUGGACGGCUAUGGCAUCCAUCCAAAGAGUGUGGACCUGGACCAUUUCUUCACCACUCGGCGGCUGCUGAACCAGGUGCGCCAGCUGGAUCGCCUCUCCGUGCCCAGUACCGAGCUCAACACCUGGCUGGUACAUCGUGACUCUGAGACGGUGGUGUCCCCCAGCAGCCAGUCCAGCCCCAGCAUCACCCUGGACAAUGGGGCCGGCCUAGAGGACGUUAACAACCCUGACGCUACCCCGGCCAUGAGGGGAGGAAGCGGAGCGCCUGAAUCCACGUACAACCUGAACGCAGCGGACAGCAGCCUGGGAGCUGUGGCCCCAGAGGGAAACCAGGAGCAGGGCAGCAGGGGGGAUGGCAACGACGACCUCACGAAAGAGGACAUUGACUUGAUUGACAUCCUAUGGCGACAGGACAUCGACCUCGGUGCGGGAAGAGAAGUGUUCAACUACAGCAACAGACAGAAGGAGAGCGAGGAGGAGCAGAAGCCCAGCCCACAGGAAAACAAAGACGGGAACGAGGAGCAGGAGAGCUGGAGGAACGGAGUGAAUCUGCAAGGUGCUCAGCCGGUGGACGGGGAGACGGGGGAGAGUAUUCCAGAGCAGCUCCCAGGCAUCGGCUCCCAGACUUCAUUGUCUCUACAAGAAUGUUUAAGGCUGUUGGAGGCCACGUUUCCAUUUGGAGAAGAAUCUGAGUUUCCAGCUCCAGCUGUCAACAGGGAAAUAGUUUCCAAUGAAGCUCCUUCUACAUCUCAGGGCCUUCCUGUGGCACCACAGCUGCCUGCAGCAGAGCCGCAGUUAGACCUGGAGCAGCAGUGGCAAGACAUCUUGGACAUCAUGGAGCUACAAGCGAUGGAAGUGAACACUUCGGUUCACACGAACUCCAGCAGCGUGAACAGCACAAGCGGGACUCCCGAGUCGAGCACUGCUGGGAACUUUGAACUUUCUGCUGGCUCUACACCAGUGAACCAGGAUGUCAGCCUUCACCAGGCCUCCCUCCCCAGCUGCAGCCAAGACUUCCCCCAGAUCUUCAGUCCCCAGUUGGAAUCCGUUAACAUCCCCCCGAGAACCACCGCACCCAGACUUUCGUCCAGCAACUCGAGCAACAUCAACUCCACGUUUGGAACCACUAACCUGACCGGGAUCUUCCUCCCUCCUCACAUUAACAGUUCUAGUAACAACGUCACGUCCACGCCUAUCCUGCCUGAUCCGUUCAGCACCCUCCUGGAGGAGUCCAUGCUCGAUGAGAUCAGCCUGCUGGACCUCGCCAUGGAGGAGGGCUUCAGCCAGGCACAAGCGUCCCAGCUCGAGGACGAGCUUGAUUCGGACUCUGGUCUUUCCCUGGACUCCAGCCACAGCCCGGCCUCCCCGAGCAGCUCAGAGACCUCCUGCUCUUCUGCAGCGUCGUCCUCCUCGACGUCUGCCACCUUCUCAGAGGAGGGGGCCGUAGGGUACAGCACUGACUCAGAGGUCGCCACCGUGGAGCCGGAGGAGGGGGCUGUUGGAGGUUAUCAGCCCGGGUACAGUAAGCUCUGCCGUAUGAGCUAUCAGGACCCGUCCCAGUUCCACAGCCUCCCUCACCUCGACAGCAUCAGCCACAAUCACACCUACAACCUGCCACUUUCUUCUGCCUUCGCCGAGCACCCCGAGCUCCCCAUCCCAACCGGGAAAAAGACCGUCCGUGACAAACACAACUCAAAGCUCCAGACUCAUCAGGACUUGCUCGACAAGCACGCAAGUCGCGACGAACGCAGAGCCCGGGCGAUGAAAAUCCCCUUCUCCAACGAAAAGAUCAUCAACCUCCCCGUGGAGGAGUUCAACGAGCUUCUCGCAAAGCACCACCUAAGCGAACCGCAGCUCGCCCUCAUCCGCGACAUCCGCCGGCGCGGCAAGAACAAGCUGGCGGCCCAGAACUGCCGGAAACGCAAGCUGGACACCAUCAUAAACCUGGAGCAGGGAGUCCACGACCUGCGACGCGACAAGGCCCGCCUGCUGAAGGAGAAGAUGGAGUUCAUCCGUUCCAUCCGCCAGAUGAAGCAGAAGGUGCAGAGUCUGUACCAGGAGGUGUUCAGUCAGCUGAGGGACGAGGAGGGCCGGCCCUAUCCUCCCAGCGAGUACUCGCUCCAGUACAGCGCCGACGGCAGCGUGCUCAUCAUGCCUCGCUGCGUGACGACCGCCGAGCAGAACCGCAAGCCAGAGAAAAAACAAAAAGACAAAAAGAAGUGAAGGGGGGAAAACUGCUGUGUAUUCUAUAACUUUGCUAAGUCAAUAAGAAAGAUUUCUGCAGAUGCAAGAGAGAUGUCCUUUUUUCCUUUAAGAAGAAUCUGGUGAGUAGAGAAAUGUUGACUACUCUUCCUGCAUAAGUUUCUCCCUUUUCAUUCUGUUCCUACUUUUAUUUCCUGGAAACAACUUUGAAGCUGAAGUAGCUCUUCGGUACCGAUAUUUCAUUAUUUAGUCGGGGGGAAACAAUAAGCAAGAAGAAGAGGGAUAUAAAAGGACAUACGAUGAGCUAUUAGAAAUAUUUUAGCUGCUCUUGAUCCUUUUUGCACCAAAACCACUGAGGAUGGAGGAAAUGUGUAGGGAGGAAACCAGGAAAGGAGGGAAGUCGGGAGUUUGAACACUGUCAACGAGGAUGGUUGGAUUACCUAUGCACGGAAGGUUUUAAAGGACUAUCAGAUCACAUCCCACCCUGGAGACUUUUAGUGAUUUUUCAUGGUCACUGAGGCUUUUAAGUUGCAAAUCUUAAGGAUAGAAACAUCAUCCAUGGGUGUGAGUAAAGAUACCAAAGGCUAAAGAAAGUCCCUCAUUUUAGGAUGUUAUUGACACCUAUACUAACCAAAGGUUGUAUGGUGCACAUCACUCGAUCUGAAUACAUCUUAAAUGCUCAAUAACUGCACUCUAACUCUGUAGGUUUGUCAAGCAGAUUCCAGUUUCUGAGUCAGUUGCAUCUAAGUUUGGAAAAGCCCUGAAGAGAUCGGGUUUGUUGUGUGUGGCCGGAGGACGUUAACACGAGAGAGAGUCAGAGGUUGUUCCUGGGCUGGCCGCUGCUUAAAGAGGCCUGGAGGGUGAAGUCCUGCAAGAGGGGCGGAUGGAUGUUUUAUGGAGGAGGCACACUGCAUUGCUAAACGUAUCAACUUCCUUAUAAAUUAUACAUAGCACUGUAAUUUGUCUUUAAAAGGCUUGGCUAUAUGCAUUUUGCCGUGUCUGUCGCUAUUCCUUCGCUGCAGGUUUUAAAUAACUGGAGCUGCGUUUAGAGAGGCUCUUAUUAACUGUUCAUAAUCUGUAGUAUAAGCAAGGUUAGAGGUCAAUCCACAUCAGCUUUACGUCACAGUCUACACACACUCUUUAUUUAUUUAAAAAAAACUUCAGUUAGCAGAGCCUGAAAUCAUUAGAGGAAACUGAGGAGGUGUGAAGGACCAGGAGCUCCAGAGAGUACUGUAUGAUGUCCAGCUCCGGGAUGUCACAUAUUAAAGAGGUUAAGGGUCUCUUAAAGAUGUUCUGAUACCUUUAUCACAAGUCCACAAGAUGCAGCCUAAGAUUCAGUACGAGCUAUUGGUGGGUACGCCCAACAAUGCAAGGGUCUGAUUCAGUUAUUAUUCAGCCUGUCUUCUUCAAAACAGCAUGAUAAAGACUAUUGCUUCCUCAAGUUUAAAGCCACAGAGAGAAAACACUUCCUGUUUUUGGAUGUUCUAAUGUUCUUAAAGCUUCAAAACGUUGUUAGAAAAACACAAACUCAAGAUAAACCAACUUAAGUUGAGUUAAAAUGGUUAAAACUGGUAAAAUGAAGCUUUAAAGCUCCUGUACUGAGUUUUUAUCUGGUUAUGUAAUGCACUGAAAUUAAUAUUGAUGCCUCAUUACGACCUAUAAAAGAAAACAAGACCACGAUGAGCAAGAUUGAAUUGUUUUGAAGCCAACAACAGCGAUCAAUUUAUUGGAAAUGCCGACUCAGCAUAACUUUUGAUCGACCUAGCAUGAGGCAGAGAGUUGGAGUUGAGGCGGGCCUUUAGCCUCCUCGCUAACAGCUGCAAUGUGCCCUCCUGUCAAUCAAGUUAGCCACGCCCCUAAUUAUGCAAAACAUGACACCUUAAAGCUGCAGUUGGUAGAAUUGGGGUAGAAAAACAAAACUUAUUCAAUAACUGAGGUGUUUUGAGAUUAUGGCGAGAUCUCUCAGCAAUCUAUAAAUUCCAAUUGCUCCCGUAAGCUCCGACCAAUCAGAGCCACCGUCCUAAUUGGUCCUCCUACAUCGUCCUGAUUGAGCGUGCACUACGAUCUGUUUGUGGGCGGGGCUUACAGGAGCAGAGAGGGGUGUAGUGAGAGGGAAAUCUAGUGUGGAGGGGUAGUGUUGACAUUCAAAAUCUCUCCCUGAACUGAUGUUUAUUCCAGGACUACCAACAGCAGCUUUGAUAUCCUCAAAACGAAUAAGUUCUAACAUCAAAGAAGAAUAAGUGAUUCAGACCAAGACAGGUUUAUUUUUUGGCUUUUUAGAAUGGGUGUGUAUGUGGCUUCCGGUGCUUUUGGAGCCAGCCUCUAGUGGACGCUUGAGGAACUGCAACUUCUACGUUCGCUUCAUUUUUCUUGGCGUCUUCAGUUUACAUAUCAGAACCCACAUUUAAGUAGCUAACAGCGGUGUAAUAAUGAUCCAGUGAUCCCUCUAGUAUCGGCGGGGUACUCAGGAGGAGCUCAAAUCAGGUAUUGGGUGUGUCGGCUGUACGUAUCAGGAAGGAGAGAACGGUAUCAGAGCAUCUUUUGAGUGUUUGUUUUUCACCUUAACUCUUCAAAUCCUCGUUUUUUUUUAGUCGUAACAUCAAACCAGGCGCGGUUGUCGCGGUUGUGUAGCGACACGACUCUGAAGUUCCCCGACAGGAAGCCACUGGAGGUCACUUUUUAAACUGCUGUAAAAGCCAAGCUGUUGGCUGGAAUACUCAAAAGUCCUCUGUUGUUUGGUUUGUGUGUCGAUUAACAAAGUGAGCCGACGCGUUGGACGAGAGGAAAAAGCGGCCACUUUUCUUUGAAUGCCUUUAUUUCACAAACUCAUUAUCUUCACUUUUAAUGUUUUGAGAACCGAGAGGGAAAAGGUUCUCGAAGUAGAAGUGCUAUUACUUGUCUUUUUGAAUGACGUUUGUCGGUACAUGUUGCAUCGCCCUCUUUAUAAAGACUUUAAAAAAAAUAGAUGAAGUGUUGCAGCUGAGAUAGCGGUUAGGCUAGAAUAUCUACAAGAGGCUGAACUGAAGUCGCAACAUUAAGAUGAUGUCCAAAAAAGGAGAAGUGUCUUCAUUAAAUGUUAUUCAGGCAUGAAACUCCGGUUAACAUACACUUCAGUGUAACCCAGUGCAACACCAACUAUUUAGUACUGCUACUACUUAGUGCACUUUUUUUUGUCUGUCUUGUUCUGUAAAUAUUUUCAUGUUUGUGUUUCUCAUGAUUUAUGUAGUUUGUCAAAUGUCUCCAUGACGGUCUCACCCUCUGCUUUGAGUUUGGAUGUAGUUCCCUCUGUUUUGAGAUAUUUGCUGGCAAUCAAGAAUUGUUUUUAUUGAUUAAUAAAGUGUUUUUAUUUUCACCUGUGA